AUGGAUGAGAGAAAUGAUACUGAAAAAAUGGAAGAAGUCAUGCUUCCAGGGUUCAGGUUUCAUCCAACUGAUGAAGAACUUGUUGGGUUUUAUCUGAAAAGAAAGAUUCAGCAGCGCCCUCUCUCGAUAGAGCUGAUUAAGCAACUAGACAUCUAUAAAUAUGAUCCAUGGGAUCUUCCUAAGCUGGCAACCACCGGAGAGAAAGAGUGGUAUUUCUACUGUCCCAGGGACAGAAAAUACAGAAACAGUGCGAGGCCAAACCGAGUAACUGGAGCAGGGUUUUGGAAAGCCACAGGAACUGACCGCCCCAUCUAUUCCUCGGAUGGCACCAAGUGCAUUGGCUUGAAGAAAUCUCUUGUUUUCUACAAAGGCAGAGCAGCCAAAGGGGUCAAAACUGAUUGGAUGAUGCAUGAGUUUAGGUUACCUUCCCUCACUGACUCUGCACCACCAAAGAGAUUCUUGGACAAAAGCCUCCCCGCCAAUGACUCAUGGGCGAUAUGCAGGAUAUUCAAGAAAACCAACUCCACAGCUCAAAGAGCUCUUUCUCAAUCCUGGGUUUCUCCAAUACCUGAAACAUCAUCAAUGUCUGAUAUGCCUAGUAGAGGUUCAAACAGUUCUCAACUUUCUUCAGAGAACUUACUGCUGACAACAAAAACCAGCUCCUCAGCGGCCCAGUUUAACCAUGACGCUGACAUACUACAAACAUCAGCUGCUGCAUUUUCCCCCCUAGAACACUUCCUCUCUUACAAGCCCGUCACCCAGAUGGCUGGGAAGCCACCUCAGCUUCCGGCCAUCUCCAGCACUGGAGACCUAACCAGCUUUAUUUUUGCACCUCUUGAAACCUCAUCAUUCCCUGCCAAAUCCGCCGCUGACGUUACUUCCAUGUUGCUAAACAUGUCAUCUUCCAUGCUUGGAGAUUACGGUAAGGCAGCCUCAGAUAGUACUGUACAUUUUGGUGGAGGAUCACAAGAUCAUUGCAAUGGCUGCUUCCCAGGGACUUUGCCCCACGAGAUGCAAGGCAACAUCAACAACAAUGGAGAUCACGAAAGUUCCCUAUUAAAAAACCUGAACGUGAUGACCCAUGUUGAUGAUCAGUGGGAACCUGUCCGAUCCAUUGGAUUCCCCUUCAGCUUGCCCAUGAGUAUGGGAGAUGCUUGGAAGCCAAGCAUGCCUUGGGAUUCUUCAUGUCCCAGUGAGAUGUCAACAAGUUUUUCCACCACGACCAAGUGCUAUACUUGA